GGCCGCGCCAGCCGCCCGCCCGCCCACCCCCUCCCCGCUCGCCCCCCCCAACCCUCUGCCGGCCCCGCGCCCUCCUCGCGGGGGGAGGGCGCCCCUGCACUCGUCGGCGCCAUGCCGGGCGCCGACGGGAUGUCGUCGAAGUUCAUGAAGAACGCGUUCGUCGGGUGGACGUUCACGGCCGGCUUGUACUACCCACCAGACUUCGAUGCCUCCAAGCUGGCGCCAAUCAAGACCCUGCGGGUCAAGGGGCAGAGCAAGGAGCAGGUGAUGAACAUCCGCAUGAUGUUUCCCUUCACGAUGAUCUGCGACACCUGCAGCGAGUACAACUACACGGGGACGAAGUUCACCGCGCGGGUGGAGACGAUCAAGCAAGAGAGCUACUUGGGAAUAAAGGUAUACCGUUUCUAUGGCCGUUGUCGCCAUUGUUGGGCCGAGUUUACCUUCAAGACUGACCCCAAGAAUUCGGACUACACCAUGGAGUCAGGUGGCAAGCGCACUUACGAGGCCUGGAAGGACGCGGACAUGAUGGAGUCCAUGAUCAAGGCUGAGAAGGAAAAGGAGGCAGAGUUGGAUCAGAUGAAGGCGCUGGAGCAGAAGUCGAUCGACGUGCAGUCGGAGAUGCAGCGGCUGGAAGACCUCGACGCCAUCCGCACGAUGAACAAGAGGCUGGGUGCCCGCGAGAAGACCAUCGAGGAGGCGCUCGCCAUGCUGUUCGAAAGAGACCAGAAGAGGGCGGAGACGCAGGACGACAUGUUCGAGGAGGGCGACCGGGAGCAGCUGGCGGCCUUCAAGGACCGAGGCCCAGGAGGAGCAGAAGCGGCAGAAGCUGGACGAGGAGCUGGAGAGCGGAGCCCUCCCCGAAGUAGACAUGGGCGUGUUCGGCAGCGGCAGGGCCUCCGCCAGCUCCUCGGGCGGCGCGGGCGGCGCCCCCGCGGGCGGCGCCUCCGCGGGCGGCGCCUCCGCGAGCAGCGCUUCCGCGGGCAGCGCCAGCGGCAGCGCCAGCGCCGCCUCCGGCGCGGGCGCCGGCGGCGCAGGCGGCUCCAGCGGCGCCGGCGCCGCGAUCGCCUCCGCGGUCGCCGAGAGGGCGGCGGCCAACGCGAGCAAGGCGUCCGGGGUGGGCGCGAAGUUCGCCAUCAAGCGGAAGGCGGUCGCCGACGAGGGCGGCGACGCCAAGAGGCCCCGCGAGGGCACGGCGGGCGGCGCCGCGGCGCCCGCCGCGGGCGGGCUGGGGCUCGGCAGCUACGACAGCGACUCGAGCUGACGCGCACGGCGCCACGUCCCGGCUCCUCCGCAGCCUCGUCAGUCUCGGGGGCGGCAGAGAGGGAGGCACUAUACCAUGAUACCGUCUGUGUGCAACCUGUGACCUAAAUCUGGCACAGCUCGUGGCGCAUGUAGGCCGAGCUGGCCACAGCCGUGCUUACGCGUGCGAGCAGCCUGUGGCGCUAUCUACUGGCGCGGACGGGCCGUGACUCGGGAAAAAGCGCUGCCGCCGUGUGCUCUGGCCGUGGGCACCGGAGCGCUCUGCUGGCGCGCCGCCCCGCGGACGGGCCGCUCCGCCCGAACUCCUCGGUGGCCGCUGCGCCCAGGGCCGCCUCGCCCGAGCGGCUCCGGCGGCCGACCGCUUCGUUGGCGGGCCGCUCCGCCGGCGGACUGCCUCGCCCAAGCCGCUCCUCCGUGGACCUUUGCCUCGCCGGCAGACCCUCGUCGCCCGCGGACCGCUGCGCCCGGGACAGCUUCGCCGACGGGCCGCUUCGCCGCCAUGGCGCCUCAUUGUUCUUGCUCUCACCGAGCGCGCUCCACUACUCGCAAAGUGCCUACUUACUCGCAGACGUCC